GGGGCGGAGCUACGGCGGAAAGGCCCGGAUGUGAGCUGGGUUUGCUGGCGGAGAGGAAGGAACCGAGCUGUGGCUGGAGGAGCUGAAAGCGGUGGAGGAGGGAGGGGUCCAUGGAGGGAGAGCAAGGCCCUUUCGGGGUAGAUCCUGACCGCCAUAAUGGAUGAUUUAAACCUGCACUACCGAUUUCUAAACUGGAGGAGGAGGAUCCGGGAAAUCCGAGAGGUGCGAGCUGUCCGGUACCACGAGCGAUUCAACCAUAUCCUUGUGGAUGGAGACACGUUAAGUUACCACGGAAACUCUGGUGAAGUUGGCUGUUACGUUGCACGUCAUCCACUGACCAAAGACAACAAUUAUUUUGAGGUUUCAAUUGUGGACAGCGGCGUUCGAGGGACUAUCGCGGUGGGCUUGGUGCCUCAGUACUACAACCUGGAUUAUCAGCCUGGAUGGCUACCGGAUUCAGUUGCCUACCAUGCCGAUGAUGGCAAGCUUUACAACGGCCGAGGCAAUGGCCGUCAGUUUGGGACAAAAUGCAGUUCCGGAGACCGAAUCGGCUGCGGGAUCGAACCCGCGUCUUUCGAAGUCAAGACGGCCCAGAUAUUCUUCACCAAAAAUGGAAAGAGGGUGGGGUCAACCAUCAUGCCGCUUUCCCCAGGAGGGCUUUUCCCAGCCGUGGGGAUGCACUCCCUGGGGGAAGAGGUCCGGCUCCACCUUCACGCCGAGCUGGGCAACGAGGAGGAGGACGACAGUAUCAUGAUGGUGGACAGCUACGAGGACGAAUGGGGCCGGCUGCAUGAUGUGAAAGUCUGCGGCACACUCUUGGAGUACAUGGGGAAGGGGAAGAGCAUCAUUGACGUGGGCUUGGCACAGGCACGGCAGCCCCUGAGCACAAGGAGUCACUACUUCGAAGUGGAGAUUGUUGAUCCGGGAGAGAAAUGCUACAUUGCCCUUGGCCUCGCUCGCAAGGACUACCCCAAAAAUCGGCAUCCUGGCUGGAGCAGAGGUUCUGUAGCCUACCACGCAGAUGACGGCAAGAUCUUUCACGGGAGUGGAGUAGGGGAUCCCUUUGGGCCCCGCUGCUACAAGGGUGACAUCAUGGGCUGCGGGAUCAUGUUCCCACGUGAUUAUAUCCUUGACAGUGAAGGUGACAGUGAUGACAGCUGCGAUACGGUGGCUCUCAGGGCCAAGCCCCCCCGGGGUGUGAGAAACGUCCUGUACCUGCACCAGGAAGCGGAGGAAGAGGAGGAUGAAGAGGAAGACGGGGAGGACAUAGAGCAGGAGCAUGAAGGCAAGAAGGUGGUGGUGUUCUUCACACGCAAUGGGAAGAUCAUUGGCAAGAAGGAUGCCGUGGUGCCAUGUGGGGGAUUCUUUCCCACCAUCGGGAUGCUGAGCAGCGGGGAGAAAGUCAAGGUGGAUUUGCACCCACUCAGCGGCUAAGGACUUGGGGGCAAGGGAAUCCCCCCCGUCUCUUUCAUUUUGCCAUUCCUCAAGGCUGCCCGAUAUAUGAUUGUGUGGGAUGUUUUUCAUUGCACUUCCAGCCUUCACCUCCGGGGGCAGCAUUUAUUUUGUCUGUUGGGCCGUAUAGAUGUCUGUAUCUAACAUCACCUGAGCUGCUUCCCUGUCUCUUUACUGCUGUCACAGUGGCUGUCGGGCCGCUGCCGGAUGCUGGAAAAAUCCCAGACCUGGGUUCAGGGGCUGGGGUGGAGGUUUCCUCCCAUUUGCCUUGGGGCGCUUCAGGGAGCAGUUCUGAAUUUUGCAUGUGGCCCAUUGACCCUUGUCCUUUGGAAGGAAGGAUGGGAUGGGGCUUCCAAGCAUGCAGAAGGGUGAAGGCUGCCAGGCAUUAAUUCAAACGCUGAUGGAGCAGUAUCAGUACUCUGUCAGAGCUAUGGACCUCCUGGUAUUGCCAUCUUAGGCGCCAGAAUGCUGCUGCCUCAGCGGUACCCAACAGCCUCACAAAAUCCCUUUCCUCCCCCUCCCUCUUUCCCCCAUCUCCUCCAGCACUCCAACUUCUAUGAGUGCUUUUCUGCUUCGUAAACAUACUUAAUUCCUUGCAGCCCCCUCCUUGGGAUUCCAUCUUUCCCGGAAGAGGGUAGGUGGGGAAGAAUGGUAGGUGCCUUGUGGAAUCCAGAUUGUUGUCUCUCUGUGGGGUAGCCCGAGACAAGGAAUGUCCUCUCUGCUCCAUAUCCCGCACACCCAGGGCUUUUUUUGUAGCAGGGACUCAUUUGCAUAUUAGGCCACACCCCCUGGGGCUUACAGUAGGCCCUGUAAGCUGUUGGGGGAUUGGCUACAUCAGGGAGGUGUGGCCUAAUAUGCAAAGGAGCUCCUGCUGCAAAAAAGGCCCUGCACACACCAGCUGUUGAAAGAAAGGCUUUGGGGUUCUGUCACAAAAUUAUCUCCUAUCGCCCUUAAGGUCCACACCUCUUCUGCCAAAUUCUGUCCCUGGAGGGGAAGCGGGGGGCUGUUGCCCAUUUGCCAUUCCCGAAGCAUGGCGGGGUUUUGUCAUUGCAUCGUGUAGGUCUGGGGCCGUGCUGCCCUUUGGAAGACGGGAUACUCAUCCUGGUUCUGCUGCUGCUGCUGUAUAUCCCUCUUCUGUUGCUGCUGUCACUGCAAUUCGAGUCUGUUGAUUUCAUGUUGUUGGGGGGAGGGUGGGGGGAGAGAUGAAUGCAUCGUGUCCUGCGAUUGAAUAUAUAAUUUGCCUUCUA